AUGUGCAACAAAGUUGGUGAAGUUAAAACAGGAGGAGAGAGGAGAACAGGGAGAGGAGCAGAGAGGAAAGCAGGAAGAGGAGCAGGAAGAAAGAGGAGAGCAACAGGAGGAGGAGAGCAGAAGGAGAGAGAAGGGCAGGGAGAGGAGCAGAGAGUAGCAGGAGGAGAGCAGGGAGAGGAGCAGAGAGGAAAGCCGGAAGAGGAGCAAAAGGAAGGAGGAGAGCAGGGAGGAGAGCAGGAAGAGCAGAGAGGUGAACAGGAAGAGGAGCAGGAGGAAAGAGGAGCAGGAGGAGAGAGGAGAGCAGGAGGAAAGAGGAGGGCAGGGAGAGGAGCAGGAGGAGGAGAGCAAGGAGAAGAGCAGAAGGAGAGCGGAGAAAGGGGAAAGGAGCAGAAGGAGGAGAGCAGGGAGAAGUGA